AUGGACAACGAGUCGCAGCCCCGGCGGCCGCCGCCCUUUUACUCUCGUGUACUGGCCGAGGUUGGCUUGGUCACGCUCUUUCGCUCCCCGCGGGACAUUAAGCUCCUCUGCCUGCAGCGCUUCGUCCGGCUCUUCGCCUACGGCGUCACCACCCUCAUCCUCGUCGCGUACCUGCAGCUGCUGGGCCACUCGCGCACGCGCAUCGGCCUCUUCAUGACGCUGACGCUGGCCGGCGACGUCAUCAUCAGCUUCCUCCUCACGCUCUUUGCCGACCGCCUCGGCCGCCGGUCCAUCCUGUCGCUCGGCGCGGCGCUCAUGGCCGCCAGCGGCGUCGUCUUUGCGCUCUGCGCCAACUACUGGGUGCUGCUGCUCGCCGCGGUGCUCGGCGUCGUCAGCCCCGCCGGCAACGAGAUUGGGCCCUUUCGCGCCGUCGAGGAGAGCAUCGUCGCGCACCUGACGCCGGCCGAGCACAGGGCCGAGGUGUACGCCUGGUACACGCUGUUUGCGCCCGCGGGCUCGGCGUUUGGCAUGAUGGCGGGAGGGUGGGCGGUGGAGGCGGCCCGGCAAAGGCUGCACUGGUCGCUGCUGGCCGCGUAUCGUGGAGCGUUUGUCGCCUACGCCGUCUUGGGCCUGCUCAAGCUCCUGCUCACCGUCAUGCUGUCCCGCAAGGUAGAGCUCGAUCCGACCCCGCUGGCGCCGGCGGCAGACACGGUCGAUGAGCGUGCUCCGCUGCUCAUCAAUGGCGGUGCGUCGGAAGCUGAGCCGCCCUCCCAAAAAAAGAAGAGUCGGCUGGCCUCGAUGCUUCCUCACAUCAGUCCCGAGAGCAAAAAGGUCACGGCUAUACUCUGCAUGCUGUUUGCUCUCGAUUCUUUGGGUUCCGGACUGGCCUCUCUCUCCUGGGUCACUUUCUACUUUCGAAGCCAGUUUGGUAUCGAAGAAGGUAAACUGGGAUCCCUCUUCUUCACGACCAGCAUCAUUUCGGCCAUUACAGUGUUGGUGGCGUCUUCCAUUGCCAAACGCCUCGGCAACGUCAAGACCAUGGUCUUUACCCAUCUCCCGUCGGCCGUUUUCCUAGCCUUGAUUCCGAUCCCAUCUGACCCCAAAUUCGCCAUCAUGUUCUUGGUUUUGCGCGCGUCUCUGCAAAGCAUGGACAGUGCCCCCAGGACUGCAUUCAUGGCUACCAUUUUGCAGCCCGGGGAGCGCACUUCUGUCAUGGGCGCCGUAAAUGUCGUCAAGACGACUGCGCAGAGCCUGGGCCCUCUCAUCACUGGUGUGCUUGCCAGUCACAAGUACUUUUGGCUGACCUUUGUACUUGCCGGCUCAUUAAAGGGAACAUACGAUUUGCUAUUGCUAGCGGUUUUCAAGAAUUACGGUAGACAUAGAACUGGCUGA